CGACUUUUUAAUUCGUUAACAUUGGGGUUUUUAUUUGCAAGAUAAAUAUACAAACAGGUUUAAGAAAUUUCUUGCGGAGAACAUUCUUGUUCAAAAAAUAAAUAUGUCUGAAACGAUAAAACUGCAAUCUCACGAGUGGGAAUGGUUUGGAAAUUCAUAUCCCAACGCCAUGGCAUCUUUCUACGAAACAUGCGAUGCUGAACAUGCAAAGAAUACCAAGAAAAACGUCGAAGAGAACCUUAUAAAAGUUUUACAAGCAAAUAAAUGGCUCACAGGAAAUCUUACGAAAACUGAACUGGGUGAAGUGGUUUUAAACGUCCCGCAUGUGUUUUCUGUAGCUAAUUAUAUCAAGUUUAUAAUCGAUGAUAAACUAUUUAGCCAACCAAUUUCAGAGUUCUCGAAUCAAUUCCGACAUUAUGUUGACUUGAAAAGGGGCAAGGAUCUUUUAAAUGGCGCGCAACAUUUGAUUAAAUUAUAUUAUGUGGAAAAUUCAAAAAAGACAAAGUUGGUAAUAGUUCUCGCAAUGAGUCAUGUGAUUGCUGAUGGCUGGACGGAAUAUCAGGUCUGGAAAAUGCUAAAUGCUGAUACACAAGUGGUCAGUUUAAGCAAUACAAGAGAUAGCAGCAUAUGGGAUACCGUCAGGGAAAAAUUCAAUUUCACACAUCCUAAAGAUGGCUUAGAAGAAGCACCAGAGGAGGAACAACCCGUCCUUAAACCUGAAAAACCUCCCAGAGUCCAUUAUAUCAAAAUUAUCCAAGCCGCCAUUAAGAAGUAUAAAGAAAUUUACAAUAAAAACGAUUUCUUUGUGUCUACCAAUGACAUCAUUAUGUCAGUUAUUUUAGGUAAGGAGAUCUAUGAAGCUGGUGGCGUCCAUAUGGCAGUCAACAUGAGAGGAAAGCUAGAUAGAAAGGUACUAGCUUUAAAUGAAGCAGGUAACUACAAUGCGGGAGCUGUGUUCUCCAAAGAAGAUAUGACAUCACCUAAAACCAUGCGAGAGGCUUUUAAAGCUAUGACCAGUAAAGUAGGCAAAUUGGAAAGGAAGCCAGUAAAUAGCAUGGCCACCAAUUGGGCACAUAACUACCAUCAAUUAGAACUGGAUGGAUAUAAGCAUUGCAUCCAUACUCCGGUGUUCUUAGAAUCUGUUGAAGGGAUGACUGGCAUGGGUGAUUUUAGUGUAUUGUUUAUAGCGUUUAUGGCGGAUAAAGAAAGAUUGGCUGUUUAUUUGCUUGUUAACAAUGAUGUUGAUGAUAGUAAACUAUAUAAUCAUGAAAUUGUAGAAGGAAUUCUGUUUUAGCAACAAUAAUAGGCGAAACUUGUCCCUGAGUUGUAUUGAUGAAGUAAUAAAUUAAUGAAACUUGCUUGAAUUUUUAUUUUUUAUGAAAAUUCGAUAAUAAUUUUUAAAUGAUCUUCGAAAUUUCUAGAAACUCAAAAAAAAAACCCAAGUGUUUCUAAAGAUAUGUUUCACCGUGUAUUUCCGACAUAAGAGAUAAUUUGCUGGAUUUAUAGAGACGUUGCAU